AAAAGGGAAGAGGAAGAAUUAGCUAAAAGUGCAGAACGGUUGAAAUGCUCUCCAGGAAAAAGCGUAUGAGCAGUGUGACGUUUUAAAGGCAACAUUUAUGAGUUGUUAUUAGUACUGAAACGUUUCAGCACAUGUAAAGCAUUUUGUAUGGGCGGAAAAGUCUGACAACAAAACGCUGAACGAUCCUAAAAUCCGAUUGUUAUGGUUUCUAAAGGUUCCUUUCCAGUUUGUACAAAAAAACCAACUUUAAGGUUAGGUACGUUUGCUUUCAACUGUUUUGUUACUACUUGCUGAAUGAAUUAAAACUGCGACGUUUUUAUCAGGGCGGUCCGCUUUCAGCUGAUUUUAUGGUUUUGCAGUUUGUCUGCCUCCUUGAUUCUGUUGAAAUCUAAUCUGGAUCCCUGCCCAGUCUCUCCGUCAGUCCAGUAAAAUGACUUGCUCUGAGUGUACUGGUUCCAGUCUCUGAUGACAAUGGCCAGAAUAGCCUGGUAUCAAGAGAAGAUUGGGGCGUAUGACCAGCAAGUUUGGGAAAAAUCACUGGAGAAAGCGGAUCUAGGAGGUUUGGAGAGCAAACCAAAGAAAACAGGUCACAUCAAAUCUGACCUUAUUGACGUUGACUUAGUCAGAGGAUCAACUUUCAGUAAAGCCAAACCAGAGAGUCAAUGGACAGCGCUGACUCGAAAAGGUCUCGUCAGAGUUCUGCUGUUCCCUUUCUUCUUCCAGUGGUGGAUCCAGGUGACCUCCAAGUCAAUCUCCUUAUGCAUCCUUGUGCUGUAUUUUCUGCAAGUGGCAGCCGUGCUGCUGUAUCUGGAGGUCCCCAGGGCCAGUGCUAGUGAGGUGUUUGGACCCAUGUGUCUCAUGCUGCUGCUGGGCACCGUUCACUGCCAGAUUGUUUCAACAGAGUCCAGCCGGUGGCCCUCAGGCAGUCCAGUUGCUAGCAGCAGCACCAGCCCUGCGCGCAGAAGGAGGCCAAGGAAGGGCAGAGGGUUAAAAAAAUCUGAAGAAAAGAUCGACACCGGGAACAUGGAGCAGGAGGGGCCCUGGCAGUUUGAAGAUAGCCAGCGAUCAUACAAGAGGGCAGAGAGGAGGUGCAAAAGUCGGUCAGGGUUUGGAGCCUCUGAUGAGCUCUCCAGUGAAGAAGGGGAAAGCGGGAAACCAGUGGAAGUAAUUCGAUCGAUACAUCAUCGUAAGUCACACCUAAUGUCGCCACCUCCAUCAGAGUCUCCUGUUAGGAAGAGAAACAUAAAGUCCAGCCCCAAACCGGCACCAAGACCUCAGGAGGAGAACGGGGCACCGAUCGAAGGAAAGCCUUGCGUGGUAGACCAACUCAGGCUGGGUUCUCGCCCGGCCUCUGACACCGAUGACACAAUGUGGGAGGAGCUUCUGCAGGGACCCGACUCCGCCUCCUCGGGGAGCAGCGACUGUGAGGGGAGCAGGAGGUACAAUGCUGGGAUGAACCUUCAGCAAAAUACAACACCAAGCAGUGAGGAUGAAGGUUUACAGCAUGGAUUCACCAGUAGCCAGCUAAACUGGCUACAGGCAUGCCACCCAUCCAAGGACCGUGUUAGCGCCAUAAUAUGGGAGCAGGGCGAGUGCAAGAAGGCAGACAUGUCGGUGCUGGAGAUCAGCGGGAUUAUCCUCACCCGGGUAAAAUUGGUAGAGCAGGGAAUGGGCUACCUUGUGCUCGGGGGUCUCAUGACGGCCACCCUGGUGCUGCUUCCCUUCGCCUUCCACCUGGCUCAGCGUUUGGACAUGUCCAGCCUGAGCGCCUUCUCCCUAAAGCAACUGGUUGAGAUUGCAGUGGGGACAUCCGAUCCUCGAACUUGCGCCUUUUUCUUCAUCACAACGGUUCUAAGAGUCUGCCUCACAGGGCUCUUCUUUUUCAUGAUGUGUGUGGCUGAGAGAACCUACAAACAGAGACUCUUAUUUGCCAAGUACUUCAGCCAUCUCACUUCAGCUCGAAAGGCCAAGAAAUCUGAGAUCCCUCACUUCAGGCUGAAGAAGGUGCAAAACAUCAAGAUGUGGCUGUCACUGCGAUCUUUCCUCAGGAGACGGGGACCGCAGCGCUCUGUAGAUGUCAUUGUCUCCACAGUCUUUCUAUUGGCCCUUUCCAUUUCAUUCAUCAUUUGUGCUCAGCUUUUGCACAACCACAAGACAUUCCUGGAGUCUUUAAUCAAUUGGGAGCUGGUGGUGUGGUGCUCCUCCCUCAUCCUCUUUCUGCUGCGGCUCGCCACGCUGGGCUCAGAGACUAACUCUAAAUACAGCAACUCCUCAAUGCUGCUCACUGAGCAGAUCAAUUUGUAUCUGAAGAUGGAGAAAAAGCCUAAUAAGAAAGAACAGCUUAAUAUAGUGAACAAUGUAUUAAAACUGGCCACAAAGCUGAUGAAGGAGUUGGACACGCCCUUCAGGCUGCUUGGUCUGACCAUGAACCCUCUGAUCUACAACAUCACGAAGGUUGUCAUCCUGUCUGCUGUUUCUGCAGUGGUCAGUGAUCUGUUAGGCUUCAAUAUCAGACUGUGGAAAAUCAAGCCUUAAUGUGAAAAGGACAUGCCCCUUACAGUUAAACACUGGAGACCAGAAACGCUCACCAUCUGCUGCAGACACGUUCUCAAAUGCAAAAAGUGCUCAAACCUACUGACGGCGUUUAGUGCUGACAGUGCCUUCUACAUCAGCCAUUCAGAAGCCAGAGAUGCUCCGACAAUCACUCAUGCUACAUUGACUAGCUGCUCAGCUGAUGUGGCAUCAAAACUUUCCAUCAGCUCUGCCACUCUCAAAGCGCUUAACCUCUGAUCCUCAUAUGUUCCUCUGGAAGUGGUUUAAUAUAGCAGCAAGCUGACGUCUCAGAUCAUUUCAGGCUUCUGUGGCAACCAGAUUUAUAUUGUACUCUUUUACAGAGGUGUAAACUAACAUGCUGUGUAAACACACAUUAUAAUGUAAAUAGGUUUUUAUUAACCCUUUUAUAGGACAAGGAAAAUCAAAUACUUCAGCUGUCUCAAGCCAAGAUAUCACAUAUGAACUGACUUUUCACAGUAUAUUCAACAGCCCUUUAUUAUAGUUGUGCUUUAUUUAUUUUGGUUUCUGUUGUAACCUCUUGGACCUCUUAUCUGUAAAUCUUUGAUUACUGUCCGCCAUUUUAUAUCAAGAACCGAUGUAUAAAAAAUAACAAAAUCAAUAAAGGAAAUCACAUGCAGUCUUUUGAUAUUGGGAAUAAACUGUUUUUCCAUCUAGAUAUGAUAUCAGUUUUUGCAGGUGUAUCUCAGUAAACUAAAAUAUUACCAGUAAUUCCCUUCAUUAAGUGAAACUUAUGUUUUUUUAUGAAAUCAGAUAAUUACACAUUGUUUCAAGUGUUUAUUUCUGUUAAUUGUCAUGAUCAUGGCUUACAGCCAAACACUAAAUUAAGAUGAGCAGAGAAAAAUCAAAGUUUUACAUAUGACCAAUAAAAAAGGAUUUUUAAAACAGAAA